UCAAAUAUGGUUGCUGAAAACAAGAAAAAUAUUGCAAAUGAUGUAGUUUUAGUUAAAUUGAGUGCUAAUUUUUGCUUAUUUCGGCAAUAAAAAUUGUGUAACGAAAUAGAUUAAGUGCAAAAGCUUGCAGAAAUCAAAUUGCAUCAAUUGGAUGGCAAAACCGUGCGCGAUUCGUUGUGAUGUUUUCAUUGUUUUGAUCGAUGUCGCAAAACAGGAAAAGUGUCGAAUGAAUGUUGAUUGUUUCGGGACGAAACAUACGCAAUCAAAAUAUUCUGCAUAGGUUUUCCGUAAUGUCGCCCCUGUGGACAGCUAGAUAUGACUAUCAAGCUCAGGGUGACGAUGAGCUCUCGCUACGCGUUGGCCAGAUCGUCUAUGUUCUAUCAAUGGACAGCAGCAUCUCUGGCGACGAGGGUUGGUGGACGGGGAAGAUUGGCGAUCGAGUUGGGAUUUUCCCAUCUAAUUUCGUCACGAAUGAAGAUCCAACCGUGCUUAAUGUGCAACCAGUGGAGAUCAAGUUCGAAGAACUUGAUUUAAAAGAAGUAAUCGGAGUCGGAGGUUUUAGCAAAGUUCAUCGUGCCUUUUUAAAAGGCGAAGAAGUUGCCGUGAAAGCAUCCCGGCAGGAUGAAGAUAUUGAUGUGACUCGGAAGAAUGUGCUGCAAGAGGCAAAACUUUUUUGGUCCUUGAAACAUCCAAAUAUCGUGGCUCUGCGGGGGGUUUGCUUGGAUCCGCCAAUUAUGUGUCUGGUGAUGGAGUACGCUCGUGGAGGAUCACUGAAUCGGAUACUAGCUGGUAGGAAAAUUCCACCGGAUGUGCUGGUGGAUUGGGCAGUUCAAAUCGCUCGUGGAAUGAAAUAUCUACACUGCGAAGCACCUAUAUCCGUAAUUCAUAGGGAUUUGAAAAGCUCUAAUGUGCUCAUUAGCGAUCCGAUUUCGAGCGAAAACCUCAAGAGUAAAACUCUUAAAAUAACAGAUUUCGGCCUCGCACGCGAAGCUUACAAAACAACGCGAAUGUCCGCUGCCGGUACAUUUGCCUGGAUGCCACCUGAAGUAAUAAAGUCAGGCACAUAUUCAAAAGCCUCAGAUGUGUGGAGUUACGGUGUACUUUUGUGGGAAUUACUAACCGGCGAAACGCCUUACAAAGGAUUUGAUUCCCUGAUGGUCGCGUAUGGGGUCGCUGUAAACACCCUUGCCUUGCCGAUACCCAAGACAUGUCCUGAGCCUUGGGGAAAACUAAUGAAGUUCUGUUGGGAAUUGGAUCCACAUCGGCGACCAUCGUUUAAGGAUAUCGAGAAAGAUUUAGAUAUUAUCACACGUUCAGGAUUUGCGCAAACACCCCACGAAUCAUUCCACACGAUGCAGGAUGGUUGGAAGAAGGAGAUUGCUGAAGUCCUCCAAGAACUACGUAAAAAGGAGAAGGCAUUUAAGUCUUUUGAAGAGGAAUUACGCAGCAAGGAGGAGGAACUCAGCCGAGUGCAACGUGAGCAGCGUUGCAAGGAAGAAGAUUUGGCCAAGCGUGAGCAGGAGCUUGAUGCACGUGAAAUCGAACUAUUGGGACGUGAGCUGAAUAUUAUUAUCACACAGAACACGCCGACACCCAAGAAACGAAAGGGCAAAUUUAGCAAGAGUAAAUUGAGGUUACUGAAACGGGAACCGGGGCAGAUUUCGUUUCCGCUCGAUUUUCGUCACACGAUAACGGUGCAGCACACCACUAUCCGCGACGAAUCCCGACAGCGAAACGACACUCCGCCCGGUUCACCCGCAACCCGACUGAGAGCCAUAGCACUUCCGACUGAUGGCAUGAAAGGCAAAACCUGGGGACCGUCGACUCUGCAUCAGCGCGAGCGAGGUCACUUGCCGGCACUGCGAACGACGGUCCGGACGCCGCAUUUCAGUAAAAGUGCCCCGAACUUGGACAAGACCCGCACCCUGGCGAUAUCCGCCAGUUCGUCGCGUAACGAAAUACUAGAUUACGACACCGAUGAGUGGUACCCACCUAGUCUGCCUAUUGUCGGUGACACGUCGUUGAGCACGCCGCUUUGCACAAGUUUGACCAGAUUCAGUGGACUUCCCAGCACGAUUCCGAUGCCGACGCUUUAUGCUUCCGAAGGACAGCGCAAACCAAAGUUAUCGAUUAUAGAAUUAGUUUUGUACAAUAUCGCCUCGAUGCUGGCCGGUGUUGCGUCUGGGUACGACGUUCGGAUAUCAAAUGUCACGCCCGUUCACCCCAGGUUACAUCCGCAAUCUGCGCUGAGUGACGUUUAUCAGCCACAGCCUAGUCCCUAUCACAAUCUGCAUCAGCCACAGCUUCAGAUGCCUCUACCUUUAGAUAAUAAUGUAGAUCAAGAAUACUCGGAAGUAAAUACUGACAGGGUUUAUGGUCACAAUACCUAUCACGGACCGGUAAAGCAUAGCAGGACACCUUUGUCUUCAUUAAGCCCAAGACAAGACGACCGACAGCUGCGUUAUACCGAUUCACCUCAGCACUAUUUACCUUCCACGAUGUCGACAACCAGUGGGCUGGGAUCAAAUUACACACCAUCGGGGCCGAGCUCUUCGCUGAGCGGUGGCGCUGGUACUCAACCACCCACACCAUCGCCACGGCGAAAAUCAAGUACUGCUUCGUUUAUUGAUUACGGAGAGCUGCCGGAAGAACAGGAAAGUAGAGCUGGCCUUUACGUGCCUGGUGAUUACGUCAACUAUCCCCAGCAGAACAGUAGCAUGUUUACAACCGGGACCAAUGCUGGAUAUUUCGGAUCCCACUACUUUCCAUAUCGGCCUGAAAUCAACUUUGCCUUCGAACGCGAAACAAAGUCGUAUGGUGGCGAGCCCGUGUACGAAGAUCACCACUACGAUAGUGCUUCUUACCAUGAUUACGCCUACGAAGGAGGGAUGAGUAAUCGGUUCAGUGCUCCUCGCGUUCCUACGAUGGGUGUCAACGCUGCCGGUCACCGGAGAACGCUGUCGAAUGCUUCAGCUACGGCGAGUAAUAUCAACCAAGGGUUUCACUUCGAUCAGGAUGACGUUGACCUAGUGGACGACGCGAUCUACGGUUUGAAUCAUUUUUAUAUAAACAAUAACCAGAACGCCGUCAAAGUGCCCGAAAGUACUCUGGUACCCAAUAGGAUUCAUGAGUACGAAAACAUUCCAAAUUACUUUAAGAGGCAAACUAGUCUAAAUGCUGGUUAUUCCGGUCACUUUUCCAAUGAGUUUAUAAAUAUUAACAAUCACGAGCGGCCCAUUAGUUUAGGAUUGGAACACGGUGGAUUACCAUCGUCUGGAAGCGGGACGCAGGUAAAGUUAAGAUCCAGCUUGAAAAAAUACAGCAACCAGCAGCAACAACAAUCACUACAGCAGCACACCCAAAGUAAAUACAGCACUGGCUCGAGUGGAAGUUGUGGUACGCCGAUGACAAAUCCAACGCCACCGGACAGUCUGACCAGUGAUGAUAGUUCAUAUUUGAGUGCUAAGGACAACUCUUCUUCGAUAUCAUCUCAGAGUCGUGUUCGGUUUACCCCAGAACUGCUUUUGGACAUGCAACAGCGCCAGCAUCAGCCACCGUCACAAGUAGGUCAUGGCUCUGUUGCUGAAAUCAGCUCACAUGUGCCACUUGGUCGUAAAUCUUCCGGUGGCGGAGCCACAAUGGCUACUUCCUCGAGCCAUACGUCAAUCGCGACAGGACGACACACAAAUGUAGGCGAAACGGGUCAAUCCUAGCAGUACGUGAAAACCUACAUGGUGUAACUUUCGAUUUUCUCCUUGGUGCACUUAUUGAUCUGCGCACUUUUUAUGGCCAGGAGGCAGAAUAAGAGGAUUAGGAGACACGAAAGAGCGGCUAGUCAGCUCUGCUACAAAAAAUGGAUUAUGUUCUUAAAUUUUUAUUGCAGCAUUCGAAGGAAAGCAGCGCUUAUACUCGAAACGAGCCGUAUUAAUCCGGAAGACAACAACCGUAAAAUACUCAAAUAUAUUACCACGCCACUUGUGCUUUGCGAUGGUGUAUCAAUGGCAAGCAGCUAUAGUCGUUUGAAACUUUACAGUAUCCUAUUAUCAGUUUACGAUUUACUGCGCUGUUCGACAGUCUUUAGUAAGUUUAGUAUUUACAGUCCCAUGUGUUCAUUUAUUUUAAGAAACAUUUUCUACCCCUAUUAUAAAUUUUUAAUAGAAAGUUGCGCUUUCUUUGUGUACAUGCAAUCGAUCAAUUAAUCUAAAUGCACGUAAUUUCGCGUUUAACAAUUUUGGCACACUUCUGUUUUAAUAUUGCUGGUAGGCGGUAUUGAGCUGAGAGAAAAAUAGGAAAAUUCGAUCUGCUGAAAAGCGAACUUCUUAAGCCUUGUUUCACUUUUGUUUUAUGGAUUUAAUGGUGCUACGUGCUAUCAUGCUCUUUUGUUGCCCCUCCACCCAGUGGGUUGGUGCUCUCUAUAUGUGGACUGCAAUAAUGAGUUGAGCGAGACAGGUUCUUCGCAAGUACUCCCUCCGGAAUUCCGGUGUGUUAUGAAUCGUUUUUCUCUGUAGUUAUGAAUUCAGAUAUAACUGGUUUGCAAUUCCGGAUGUAUAUGUUUCAUAGCCUCAAUUCAGUGAAAACGUGCUAUUGCGUAUAACAUCGACAGUGAGCGAAGCUACGGUUUUAUGUUGGAAUGGAGUCAUUGUUUUACAACACUAUUAUUUCGUUUUGAAUUAUUUCUCUAAAAUCAAUUUUACCUAGGUCCUGUUUGGAGUAUUGUCAGAAUUGCAACACCCAUGUUACAAAACUUGUGUUCCAAAAAUAUCUAGUUCCAAAAACUGAAACAUCUGGAAUUGAUACGUGCACGUUUUUUCUGUUUUCUUAUCUAAUUUGUUAGUACACGAAAUUUUGUUAUAUACCCUGAAUUGAGUCCAUAAAAAUCCGGAGUGUUAACUUCAAAAUCAGCGCAAACGAAAAUUUUCGAAGAAAAGAAUGCUCAAAAAGAGCUCAUUUCUUUGGGGAUUCAAGAUUUCCAUCCACGUAUCGUGACCAACAAAAACACAAUUAGCCACUUUGUGUCUUAUUGAUAUUUACGAGAGCGUACUAAGGUCGACUGUAGUAUUAUUUCUAAUCCACAAGUACGAUUUCCUUUCACGUUUGCUCUAUCCCAAACUACCGCAUUCAUUCUAAUUUAAUAUUUUCAUUGUUUUUAUAUGUUCUUUAUUCCCUUCAAAUCAUUGACACAUCUAACCGCGUGGAAAUAGGUUCAACCGCAAUAUCUUGAUAUAUUGUAGUUCUGCUUUGACAUGAAGAUUGAAGACAUUAAGAAACUCGUACUUUCUCUCAGUUGCUUCGGUUUCGAAGAAAGCUCUGACUCUGUACCAAAUCGCAAUAAGAAGUGGCUUCACCAGUUAUCAACAAUAAUCAGAGUAAAUUGUAAUGAAUUGCGACACAUAGAUUUAGAUUAGUUGUCAUCCCUCGUGCAGUACAGUGGAAUGAGCGCUGCAAAGCAGAAAAGUAGAUUCACAGCGUUUUCCAACAGCUCACUGACCGUACUGCUCAACGUUUGAGCUUACCUAUAUUGAUUGUAAAUACCUUACGUACAGGAACAUGGCACUUUUAACCAAUUUGCCAAGAGGACAUAAAAAAGAAGGCAUUCUAGUGUGGUGGCGAUUGCUGUACGUAUGGGGACGAAGAGAGAGAAUGAAGUUCUUUACAAAUUUAUUGCAAUUUGCCGACUUGUAGUUAGUUCUAUAGCAAAGUGUACAUGUGUUGCAGAAAGCCAACUAUAUACCAAUUGGAAGAAUACGGAAGCACCGCAACGUUUGUAAUUAGUUUCAUCCAAUUAAAUUCGAUUGUAUGGAGUACUAAGUGGAAAAGAAUUGUGAACGAUAUAAGCUUUAGAAUUGGAUAAAGAAGGUAGGAGGUCAAUAAAACAAAAAGGCACUUACUCUAGUCGUAUAAGGUUUGAUAGUAGGAUUUUUGGGUUUUUAAUUAAUUUAUAUUUAUUGUCAUUAAGAAAGCUAGAUCGAAAGUGUUUUAUAUAGCAUUUAUAUUGCAUUUUUCCGUUGCUUCGACUGAAACUGCAAUGAACGAUAACAAGCGAAUAGAGGAGAGAUAUCAGCUACCCUCAGUAAUGGAUGCGAUUAUAGGAUUGUGUGCCGAGAGAAAAAUAAAUAAAUUGAUU